AUGGGCGCCGCAUGGACGCCGCAUGGACGCCGCAUGGACGCCGCAUGGACGCCGCAUGGACGCCGCAUGGACGCCGCAUGGACGCCGCAUGGACGCCGCAUGGACGCCGCAUGGACGCCGCAUGGACACGCUCAGCAACCAAACUUCAACAACAGUGCUGAGACAGAGACUCCCAAAACCCACUGGUCCACAACCGCAAAGGUACCGUCCUCAGAUGCCCUCCACAGCUGCAUCAAAACUAUUCCCCUCCAGCUUCACAUCAGCAUCCUCCCGUCAGACUGCGCUUUCCUCCUCACCCAUUAA